AUGUCGCUCAAGAUGUUCAUCACCUUCGGCAUCCUCGCCCUUUGCCACAAGGCAAUCACGGCCCCUUUGGAUGGAGUCAACUCUAUAUCUACUCGGGGUUAUUCUACUGUCUCCCUCGAAGGGGACGCGCCCAUGCCACAGUAUCACAACCUCACGCGAGAGUAUCUAAGAACCUUACCCUUGGAAGAGGUCCCGCCUUUUGUGCCUACCCACCUGCAACCACGCAAAUUGCGUGACACCGCCAUAGGCGGCUACGAUGAAAGAGUAGUGGUGGACAAGCUGGAGUACCCUUACAACGCCAUGGGAAGACUCGAUGUCCUAUCGGAGGUCCCUUUCAACCAAACCAACGUCUGCUCUGGAUCGCUAGUUGGUCCCCGGCACCUCAUGGUAGCUCGGCAUUGCGUGAAGAGCGACCAUCUUCAAGCCGCUCGCAAAGCAAAGUUCUCGCCUAACCACUUCAACGGAACCAGGCUUGCGGAAUCGUACGUAACAGACGCAAUUAUGCCUGAAAGUAUCUAUGGUGGCAUUUAUUGCUACGAGGCCAACGACUGGGCCGUUCUUAUCCUUGAUGAUCGUCUCGGUGACAAGUAUGGAUAUCUGGGUGUCAAGGCUGUUGACUGCAAAACUCAGACCAACACGCCUUUGUUUUCUCAUGUUGGCUACCCACAGGAUAAGGGCUGGGGCGUCCCUACUCUCCAGGAGGAAAGCAUCUCCAUAAAGGAAUGCCACCUUUGCGCGCCAGGUUCUUUAAGAACAGAUGCAGACGGAACUAUUGGACAAUCUGGUGGCCCAUUGUUCAUCGUGGAAGAUGGACUACCUUGGCUGUAUGGUGUUUCUAGCACUCAUUAUCUCACCAACAAUGGAUUUGCUUCUGGGCCAGAUCUUGUCAAGGUAGUUGCUCUGGCGCGGAAAGAAUACCCUUAG